AUGACGUUAAAAACCAUCCCCGUCCCCACUCCGGGCCCCCAAGAAAUCCUGAUCCAUAUUUUGUACUCGGGCGUCUGCCACACCGACCUCCACGCCCUCAACAACGACUGGCCCCUGCCCCGCAAGACCCCCCUGGUGGGCGGUCACGAAGGCGCCGGCGUCGUGGUGGCCAAAGGAAGCCUGGUUGCUUCGGGCCAGGGCGUCGAUGUCGGAGACUACGUGGGGAUCCCCUGGCUCAACUCCACCUGCCACCACUGCACCUUUUGCAUGCAAGCUCAGGAGAUGCUUUGCAGCGAGGCGCAGCUCUCGGGGUACACGGUCGAUGGCAGCUUCCAGCAGUACGCUGUCGCCAACGCCUCGCAUGUGGCCAAGUUCCCCAAGGAUAAAGGGGUUGAGUUGGACGCUGCUGCGCCCAUCCUGUGUGCCGGUCUGACGGUCUACACUGGGCUCAAGCAGAGCGAGGCCCGGCCGGGGCAGUAUGUGGCCAUUGUGGGCGCAGGUGGUGGCUUGGGAAGUUUGGCGACACAGUACGCCAAGGCCAUGGGCCUACACGUCAUUGCUAUUGACGGGGGUCCGGAAAAGGGGGAGAGCUGCAAGAAGUUGGGGGCCGAGGUGUAUGUGGAUUAUUUGAAGAGCAAGGACCUGGUGGCGGAUGUCAAGGCGGCCACGGCGGAUGGGCUGGGACCGCAUGGGGUUUUGCUGCUGGCCCCGAUGGAGAAGCCGUUUCAACAGGCGACCGGGUAUGUGAGAUCUCAUGGGACGGUGGUUUGUAUUGGCAUGCCAGCGGGUGCCAAGGUGAGCAUGCCGGUGUUCGACACCGUGGUGAGGAUGGUGCAGGUGAAGGGGUCUUAUGUUGGGAACAGACAGGAUAUGGUGGAGGCGAUAGACUUCUUCCUCCGUGGGCUGGUGAGGGCACCGGUCAAAGUGGUGGGUAUGAGCGAGCUCGGUGGUGUGUUUGAUGCCAUGAGGGAGAACAAAGUGGUGGGAAGGUAUGUACUGGAUACCAGUCGGUAA